AUGAUCCAGUGGUUUCUACUAACAGCAUUUUUAUAUAAAACUAUUUUUAAUAUUAUUACUCCGUUAAGUAAAUUAUUACAAACUAAAGAUAUUGAUAUGAUAGGUGUUGUUACUGAGGUUCAAAAAAAAAUUAGUGAAUUAAAAAAUUCUCGAAGUAAUUUUAAAUUUCAGAACAUUGUUAAUGAAGUCGAAAAUUUCAAAAAAUCUUCAACAUUGUCUUAUGAAAAUUUUAAACCUUUAGCUCAGAAGCGGACUAAACGAAUUCCACAAUUACCAGGAGAGUUAGCUUCUGAUGAAAUAAUUGAAAAUCCACUAGACAAUUUUAAGAUAAAUACAUUUUUUGUAGCGUAUGACACAUCAAUUACUCAAAUUGAAUCUAGAUUUACUGAACAAACUUCUGGUAUAUUCAAAGAUAUAUCACUAUUUUCUCGUCGACGUAUUGAGGAAAUAUCAAAAGACUUACAAACAUUUCCUAAAGAUGCAUUUUCUGUGUUUGCAGAUGUUUAUAAAAAAUAUAUUAAUGUUGAAGACCUUAGGAGAGAGUACUUACAUUUCUGUAAAUGUUAUUUUGGUUUUGAAAAAAUUAAGUAUAUACCAACAAAAUUACAUAACAGUAAUAACGAUGAAAUUCAUGAAGACACUUCAUCAUCUUUGGACUCUGAUAAUUCAAAUUUAGAAACUGAACAUCCAUUUAAUGAACUUCCUAAUAAUGGAUGCAGUCUAAGUAUUGUUUUAAAUGUCCUUAGAAUCAGUGGUUUAGAUACAACCUUUCCAACACUUAAUGUUGCUUUAAAAAUAGCCUUAACACUACCGGUAGCAAGUACUACUCCUGAAAGGACUUUUUCCAAACUCACAAUCAUAAAAAAUAAAUUACGAAGCACUAUGUGCCAAGAAAGAUUAGAUAAUUUAAUGAUAUUGUCCUGUGAAGCUGACAUUCCUAUUAACAAAAAUAAUAUUAUUGAUGAAUUCGCCAAGUCUAGUGUGCAUCUGGAAAAAGCUUUGCUCUACUAA